CUGCGCCGCCAGUGGCGCGCGAGAGCAACGCAAAAACCCCUCCGACCGCCGCCGCCGCCGCCUCUUCCACCUCCCAAAGUCGCGACCCCUCACGCCCUCCAAGCGCCUGGUCGCUACCCCCUGCUUGCUCUCGCGCCAGCGCCAUGGGGCGACCGACGGGAGGCGCGGCGGCCUCUUCCUCCUCCUCGAAGAAGCAGAAACCGAAGCAGAAGCAGCGCGGCGGCGUCGACUUCAAGAAGUACAAGCACAAGGUCGGGCGCAAGCUGCCGCCGCCGAAGAAUGCCACCAACACGGAGAUCAAGUCCAAAGCGAUCGUGUUGCCGGAGCAGAGCAUGGCCUCCGAGAGGGCGGGCAUGGCAGUGAACAAACGCGGGCUCACGCUGCGGGAGCUGCUGCAGCAAACGGCGCACUACAAUGCCAAUGUGCGGCGAGCUGCACUGAAUGGAAUCAAGGACAUUGUUGUCAAGCACCCAACAGAGCUUAAACUGCACAAGGUUGCUAUAAUUGAGAAGCUGCAGGAAAGGAUAUGCGAUACCGACAAUGUGGUCCGUGAAUCGUUAUACAAUAUACUGCAGUCUCUGAUCUUCCCAUCUUUGAAACAGGAUAAUGCUAUAUCUACAAGGAGUACACUGUUUCUGCUGAUGGCUAAUAUUCUUAAUGGAAUGACCCAUCUAUCCAUUGAUAUCCAGUUAAUGGCUUUCAGAAUUUUGGAGCUUGUGGUUCUUAAUUUCCCAUCCUCCUUUCCUAGUUAUGCUGAACAGGUGUUCAACAACUUUGUUGUGGUACUGAGCAAUGAUAGAAUCAACCUACAUGAUAGGAACAAACUUAACAGUGUCCUUGGUGGGCUUGGACACUGCCUUUCCUUGGUUGCUAAAGUGACAGAAAAUGAUGAUACAUCAAAUCAACAGAUCUUUGCGCAUCACCUACAGGUUCAUAAUCUCUCUGCAAGGGAACUUUGGAAAUGCACUACAGAUGAAGACAACUCAGGAGGCAGAGCAUUUGCAAUGCCUAAUUUAUUGGUGAAGCUUCAGAGCCUUGUCCAAAUCCUCAUUAACUCUGUAGAGGUUUCAGCCUCAGAGCUCUGUGCGAAGUCAGCUAUUGAUGCUCAGUCAAGUGAAGCAUUGUUAUCGGCCCUCCAUUGUCUGGAUAUAAUAUGUAGGAUAUUUAUUCAUGAGGUGAAGAAACCUCAAUUAAAAUUUUCCAUAUCCAAAACUCAGUUUGGGCCUGACUGGUUGAGGAGCUCCCUAUUGAUACAUCUAAAGAAUUUAUGGGGAGUGAAGCGAUUGUUUCAUGAAAAGGGAGAAGACAAAUUUUUCAUUUUCAAUUUGAAGAUUGCUGAAAUCUUUCUUUACUUGAGUGCAUGGAUAGAUAGCACAAUGUUUCCAGCUGAAGAAUUUUGCCAUUUUGUAUCUUCUCUAUUCACAAAGGCAAAAACACUUCGCAAUAAGGAUAUCUUGGAAAUGUAUUUGAGCCCCCUUAUAACUUCCAUACCAGAUCUAAUAUUCAACUCCCCAGAUGACUCAAAAGGAUAUUUAUUGGAGGCAUUUACAGACGCAUUUAGAGAUUGCAAGGUGGAUUGCAAGCUAAUCUUGCCAUAUUUGGAUGCAGUUGGAGAAAUGCUGCUUCCUGAGAAAACAGGCAUAUGGCUUCCUGAAAAUGAUUCAGGCAUGUUGGGCUAUCAGGACGCAUGGAUACAUGAGCUACCUCGAAUUUUGCUAAAAUCAAUUGAUAAAGCUCCCCCAGUUACAAAGGCUGUUUUGGAGCUGCUUCUAAGAAUUGGACAAUACUUCCCCACAAUGGACUGUGAAAACUUGCGUCCCUUCAUAAAGUUAUUUGGUGUUGAAUCAUCAUCAGGAACUGUGGAGCUUGGUCCUUUUGUUAACCUACCUCGUGAUUGCCAAGAACUUGCCAUUUCAUGUCUUUAUUACUUUCCCAGUCUGCUUCCUGACGUAAUCAGGCCGUUGGCCUCAUGUUGCUUAAGUGAUGUGCUGGAACCCCUCAUACUGUUGAAGGUUGUUGAGGUCCUACAGUCAACAUACAAGGCUGGUGGUCUACAGAUAACAGAGCAACUCAGUUUCUUGUCGCUGCUAAUGGCAAGAUUCAGAGUUCAUCCUGGGGGUUUAGUUACUCCAGAAGAUCCUAGUAAGGUCUCAAAUUGGGAUACUUUCAAGUUGUUGAAUCGUAUAAUUUUAACUUCCCUAUCUGAAAUGGGUGAUGGCUCGCUGGUCCUUGAAUUGAUGUGGAAUAAUUUAUCUAAUGCGAUUGCUCAAAAACCAUCGAUGCAUAACAUGAACGGCUUGUUCAGAAUUAUUGUUACACUUGAUGCAGGAACUAGUAAGCUCAUGAACGAAGAUGUUGUAAAGCUUAUUGCUGGCUACUUGGUUGACGCUUCUUUGGAUCUGUCUAAAACCAUUGAAUUUGGUUUUCAACCUGAUAAGACAAGAUUAUUUCAGUACUUUAUCAAGCCUUGCACCAUCAUGUUUGCCAAGAAUGACAAGGUUCUUUUCAGCACAUUGGAGAUGCUGAAAUCUUUUGUAACAGGAGAUGAUCAUCUGUUUUCAUCUCUCUCCAAGUUAAACUACCCAGGAGAGCUAUCAUGUCGAAUUUGUGUUGUCACAACCAUACUCAUCUUCUUAUGCAAUGACCGCAAACUCCGUAGGAAUCUUUCUUUUGGCAAAUCAGUUAUCAAAGGCAUCCUGGAUUAUAUAAGGCAUCAGCUGGAUUCUAGUGUGCCUAAUGUAACAUAUGAAGAAAAACAGAAGUCAAAAUCUGCUUUUGAGCAACUGAAGACCAAAGCAUUGCAGUUGAACUGCUGGGAUAGAAGUGAGCUGGAAGGGCUUUCAAUCACAAGAUAGUGAGAUGGGUAGGAUUCCACUAGACAUGGUUGGGGUGGGGGUGUAUGCCAUUUUCCCAGAUUGAAUCACACUUCUAGAGUUCCAGUUUAUAUCUGUUGUCCCAGCUGUUACCAAGCCAAUGACAGCAAUCAUGUGGAUCCGAAGAUGUGCGAUGCAGAUUCCUACAGCCAGUAACAAAGAACUGAGCAAUCCACUUCCGUAUCAGCGAUGUGUUGUUUGUUAACCAAACGUGGUCCUGGCAACCAUUUGUUUCUGCAUGUGGCUGCACAUUGAUCACCAACCCCAGGUAGUCCGCGCCGGAGAUAGCUGAUGUGAUCGCUUCUAGCUGUGGGGCCAGCUCGUACCGCCCUGUAAAUGCAGAAAUUUUGAUGUGACGUUUAUUUGGGACAUUCGGUCUCAUUGGUUGCCCUUCGUCUUUGUACUCCCUCUGUUUCCAAUUAAAGUCAUUCAAUUUUUUUAAGUUAAACCAUUUUAUAUUUGAUCAAAAAGAUGAUCACAAAGGUUUAUGUACCGAAUAGGUAUACUAUGUAUCAUAUAUUUAAUGAAGAAAUUAAUGGUAUUUAUUUGUUAUCA